GUCGGUCAAAAACCAAAAGCAGAGACCCUCCGCAUGCAAGCUCCAAAGUCCCCGGGCAACCAGUGAAAGCCGAUACAACGCAGUGACCCCACCUGUUGCUCCCGUUUGACCACUUCAUUCCCCCGAACCCGUUCCCGAGCGUACGUCGAAGCCAAACUCAUUCGAUCGCAGGACGCAGCCAGCAGCGGAGGCAAAUCUAGCAGGGAGGAAGAAGAAGAAGACGCGAGCGGGUGAUCCAGCUAGCUAGCGCGAGAGGUCUCGCUCCCCAUGCGCCAAGAUGGCGUCCACCGUAGCGCCCCUGAACGCCGACAUGGACCUGCCAACGAACGUGACGACGCAGAUCCGCAACUCGACGGGGACCAAGGCGGCCGGGCUGGUGGUGUGCUACUCGCCCAUGAUGAUCACCACCAACGGCAUCUGGCAGGGCGUGAACCCGCUCGAGUUCUCCCUCCCGCUCUUCAUCCUCCAGGUGGCCGUCAUCGUCGUCACCACCCGCUUCCUCGUCCUCCUCCUCAAGCCCUUCCGCCAGCCCCGCGUCAUCGCUGAGAUCCUCGCCGGCGUGCUGCUGGGGCCUUCGGUGAUGGGGCAGAUGGAGGUGUGGGCGAACAUGGUGUUCCCGCAGCGCAGCCUGCUGACGCUGGAGACGGUGGCGCACCUGGGCCUCCUCUACUUCCUCUUCCUGGUCGGCCUGGAGAUGGACCUGGACGUGAUCCGGCGGUCAGGGAAGAAGGCGCUGUUCGUGGCGCUGGCCGGGAUGGCGCUGCCCUUCUGCAUCGGCAUCGCCACGUCCUUCAUCUUCCGGCACCAGGUGUCCCGGAACGUGCACCAGAGCUCCUUCCUGCUCUUCCUCGGCGUCGCGCUCUCCGUCACGGCGUUCCCCGUGCUGGCCCGCAUCCUCGCCGAGAUCAAGCUGCUCAACACGGAGCUGGGCCGCAUCGCCAUGUCCGCCGCCAUCGUCAACGACAUGUGCGCGUGGAUCCUGCUCGCGCUCGCCAUCGCCAUCUCCGAGGUGAACAGCACCGCGCUCUCGUCGCUCUGGGUGCUCCUCGCGGGGGUCUCCUUCGUGCUCUUCUGCUUCUACGCCGUGCGGCCCGGGAUGUGGUGGCUCAUCCGCCGCAUCCCCGAGGGCGAGGCCGUCAGCGAGAUGCAGGUCUCGCUCAUCCUCACGGGCGUCAUGCUAGCCGGCGUGUGCACCGACGCCAUCGGCAUCCACUCCGUCUUCGGCGCCUUCGUCUACGGGCUCGUCAUCCCCAGCGGGACGCUCGGCGUGGCGCUCAUCGAGAAGCUCGAGGACUUCGUCACGGGUCUCCUCCUCCCGCUCUUCUUCGCCAUCAGUGGCCUGCGCACCAACAUCGCCAACGUAAGGGACCCCAUCACCGUCGGCCUCCUCGUGCUGGUGUUCGUCAUGGCCAGCUUUGCCAAGAUCAUGGGCACCAUCAUCAUCGCCGCGCUCUACACCAUGCCGUUCCGCGAGGGCAUCGCCCUGGGAUUCCUCAUGAACACCAGGGGACUCGUUGAGAUGAUCGUGCUCAACAUUGGCAGAGACAAGGAGGUGUUGGACGACGAGUCGUUUGCCGUGAUGGUGCUGGUGUCGGUGGCGAUGACAGCGCUGGUGACGCCGGUGGUGCUGGGCGUGUAUCGGCCGUCGCGGCGCCUCGUCGGGUACAAGCGGCGGAACCUGCAGCGCAUCAGGCACGACAGCGAGCUCCGCAUGCUGGCCUGCGUGCACACCACCCGCAACGUGCCGUCUGUGCUGUCGCUUCUGGAGCUCUCGAACCCGAGCAAGCGCUCUCCAAUCUUCAUCUACGCGCUCCACCUCGUGGAGCUCACUGGCCGGGCCUCCAACAUGCUCGCCGCCGCCGCUGCCUCCGCCUCGAAGCAGAACCGGUCAGGCUCGUCCUCUGCCUUGCCCGCUGCCACGGAGCACAUCUUCAACGCCUUCGAGAACUACGAGAGGCUUACCGGAGGUGUUUCCAUCCAGACGCUGGCGGCGGUGUCGCCGUACCAAACCAUGCACGACGACGUGUCGGUGCUGGCCGAGGACAAGCACGUGUCCCUCAUCGUGAUCCCUUUCCACAAGCAGCAGACGGUGGACGGCGGGAUGGAGCCGAUCAACCCGUCCAUCCGGGGCUUCAACGAGAGCCUCCUCUCCACGUCCCCGUGCUCCGUGGCCAUCCUCGUGGACCGGGGCCUCAGCGCGGCCGCGGCGCGCAUGGCCACGGAGCACCGCGUGGUGCUCUUCUUCUUCGGCGGGCCGGACGACCGCGAGGCGCUGGCCUACGCGUGGCGGAUGGUCGAGAACCCGGGCGUCUGGCUCACCAUCCUGCGGUUCCUGCCGCCAGACUACAGGGCGCGCUCCUUCUCCACCAACUCCAACUCCUCCUCCGGCUCCGGCUCCGGCUCCUACCGCUCCGCCGCUUCCUACGAGAACGUGGACUCGCGCGCCAUCGCCAUCAACGCGGACGGCAGCAAGACGGAGCUGCAGAUGGACGAGGAGUACCUGGGCGAGUUCCGCGCGCGCAACCACGGCAACGACGCCAUCACCUACGUCGACAAGAUGGUGGCCAACAGCGAGGAGACGGUGGCGACGAUCCGGAGCAUGGACAACAGCAUGCACGAGCUCUACAUCGUCGGCCGGCGCCCUGGGGAGGCCGGCUCGCCCAUGACGUCGGCGCUGGACGACUGGAUGGAGUGCCCGGAGCUGGGGCCCAUCGGCGACAUGCUCGUGUCGUCGGACUUCUCCUCCACGGUGUCGGUGCUGGUGGUGCAGCAGUACGUGGUGGUCGGGGCGCCCAUGGCCGCCGUCACCGCGCCCGCGCCCAGCAGCAGCGACCCGGUGCGCCAGUACGUGAGCAACGCUAACCAGCGGCCGGCUGCCGCGGCGUCCGGGGCGUACCGGCCGGUCCCGGGGUCGGCCGCGGCCAAUAGCAGAUGGUCUAGUGACACUGUAGGCUUCUGAGUUCGUGCCGUAGGUUCUUAAUUCGUUUUAUUUUCGAAAUUCUCUAGUGUAUAUUAUUGUUCAUCCGGAUUCGUUGUGUACGUCUGGUGCGCCCCAUACGUACCCUGUCCUGGGUUUGUAGCUGCUUGUAAUUGUUACUCUUAUCGUGGAACGUGAAGGUUGAGAUUAUUGUACUCUUACUGCUUGGAUGGUUGCUUGUCAGUGAUCAUCUUGUGUCAGAUUUGGUGUC